UUUAAAUUUGAUAUUUCAGAUUUUGGAUAUGCUCAAAGUAGCUCUGGUACUAACUGUAAAAUAGCUGAAGAUUAUUGUCCGAAUCCUGAUAUUGAAUUUUAUGUAUACUCAAGGAAUGAUCCAAUAACUGGCACUGAAUUGAAUCUUGGCAAUUGUACACAAUUAAAACAACAAUUAAGAGAAUGUAUUGGAAAAAGGAUUUAUAUUUUGAUACAUGGCAACAUGGGAGAUCAUAAUGAUCAAUUUAAUUCUAAAGGGCGAAAUGUAUGUCUGGAUGCUGGUGACAAUUGUGUUAUAUCAGUAGACUGGUCGGCAUUAACUCCAACUAAUUGCUUUAAUCAAAGUGCAAGAAACACACCUGUAGUGGGUAACUGUACCGCAAAUUUAAUAGUUACAAUCAUGUCAUGUACAAGUAUAUCAAGCGAUCAGUUCAAUGUAAAGGGAUUUAGUUUUGGAGCACGCAUAUGUGAAUGGGUUGCACAACGUUUGAAACCAAAUGGAAUAAAACUGGAACGCAUGACAAAAAUAGAGCCAAGUAAACGUUUUCCUGGAGAUUCUUUCGUUCCGCAAGAUAGUUCGUCACAACAAAAUUCAACAGAUGCAAAAUGGGUUGAUUGUCAUCACACAGCGUCGGGAUUUAGAAGCCAAAUAGAACCAUGUGGACACGCUGAUUGUUACUGGAACAAUGGACAAUCUCAACCUAUCUGUGCCGGACUAGACAAUAAUGCAUUCUAUGAUCACGCAUGUAGUCAUGUCGUUGGGUAUGAAUAUUAUUGGUCGAGUUACAACUAUCCUUUUUUGGGAAGAAAAUGUGAAUAUGAUGAUGGUUUGCCAUUGGAGAAUUGUACUACUGAAACAGUCAGAGCUGGUUGGUUUAUGCCAAAUGGAACGGUGGGACAGUAUAAUGUCUCCACAGCAUUAAUGCCGCAAAAUUUGAUAAAUCAAAUGAACCGCACUGUAUUAUGUUAAUAGGCAUAAAAUUGGAUAAAAAUAUUACUUCUAUUGAUGUAGCUUUCUCC